UUGAUAAAAUGGGGUCACACGAACAUGCGGAAGAGACAUAUAAUGCUAGAGAAAGAUGGGAAAGGGAUGAAAAACGCUGGCACCAUCAGCAGAAUAGCAAACAGCCGCAGUAUCAAAAGAAUGAACAUAGAGAGGAUUAUCAAAGAGAAGAUACAUAUAAUUCACAUUCAAAUAGUCGAAGGAAUACUCAUAGGGGGAAAGGAAACUAUGAGCAGUUUGAUGAUCGAAGGGGUGAUGACAGAAAAAGUGAUUUUUACAGUAGUAGAGGCAACAGGCAAGAGAAGAGGCAGGAUAAUGUUAAAGCAGGCAGACAAGCAGCGAAAGACAUGGAAACUAAGCCUAUAUCUGACAACAAGCAUAAGCGUAAUGAAGAUUAUCAGAAAGAGGAAGAUAUGUAUGGAGAACAUGAUCCAUCUCGACAUGAUCAUGUCCACAAAGGUGGACUGUUGCAUUUACCAAGUCAGCAGGAGCCAGAACAGAAAGCAGACUCCCAUCAGCAGAGGGUAACUGAUGCACAUGGUAGCAACAUUGCCAGAGGCGAUAAUGGGGACAGGUCUUCAAAUGGUUACCAUAGAGAGCGCCAACACUCAGGGCCUAGUGCUGUGAAUGUCUACAGCAGGGAUAGACACAACUCGGGACCUGGGCGACAGAAGACCUUGUUUGAUCCCAACAACCCAAGCAAGCCGAUUGUAAUAGAGGAGGCUGUCCCGAGAAUGGAGUUCAAAGACACGGACUCAUUCUCGUCCUCGACCAUGUCCCCUCAGUAUGAAGGCACACCGCCAGCUUCUGAUGUGUACUCUAGAGGAUAUGGGCCUUUUCCACCCCCACCAAUGGGUUAUGGCUAUGGUUACGGCAUGCCCGCAAUAGCUGGCAUGAUGACCCCAGGUCCCCCAAUGUUCUAUGGCUACCCUAGGGCUCCUGUCCCCCAUCCAUACAUGGGAGAGGAGUCAUAUGAGGCAUAUCAGCAUGGGCAUUACGAGGGUGAGGGUGCACCCAUGAUGGGUAUGGGGCCCAGGGGGAAGUCCCAGAACCAGAUGAUGGCUGAGCACCUACUGCGUGAGGCUGUGCCCUUAGAUAAGCAGCUCAGCAGCCUCCUGGCUCGCAGGCUCAACGGGGAGGAAACACUCAAUAUUAUCAACCAACUCAGGCAGCAGAUCAUGGUGAGGUGUGAGCGUGUGAUCCUGUUGGACCUGGAGAUGUCCAGUGAUCAGGGGGUGGAACAGAUGAUGUGGAAGACUGUGUUCCAUCAGAUGGUUGAACUCAUCCGCAAGCAGCUGGCUGAGGACAGAACCGAGGAAACACGUUUCAUGCUCCACAAUAUACUUGAUGAGGGUACCACAUUUUACGAGGGUCUGAUCUCCAAGCUUCAGAGCACAUGCAAGUUUGACUUAGAGCCUUUCCUUGACCCAGAGCAGCUGCCACCAGAAAACCGCAGUCGUAACCUCGUUCUGGCUCUGCUCAGUGUACAGAGGUGCUUUAUAUGUCUUGGGGACAUUGCACGCUACAAGGAGCAAAACAACGACUCGGGAAAGAUCAAUUACGCCAAAGCUAGAAAUUGGUACCUGAAGGCCCAGCAGAUUGCUCCCAAAAAUGGUCGGCCCUACAACCAAUUGGCCAUACUGGCUCUCUACACGAAGCACAAGUUGGAUGCAGUUUACUACUACAUGCGCAGUCUGGCGUCUAGCAACCCCUUCCUGACAGCCAGGGAGGGUCUAAUGACACUCUUCAAUGAGGCUCGAAAGAAGUACCUCAAAUACAUGGCUGAGGUGUCUGAACAAAAAAGAUACGAGGAGAAAAAGAAGCAGGAAUCACUGCGCCAGAGUCGGAACCUGCGAGAGCAUCGCGUCGAGAUCUGGGUGAAAAAUGACGGAACCAGCAGCACGUCGCAGGUGGAUGACAGCUACGGGGAUGAUCUUAGUAAACUGGAUACAAUCCAGUUAAAUAAACGUUUUGUAGUAAGCUUCCUGAAUGUUCAGGGAAAGCUCUUCACAAAAAUAGGCAUGGAAAUGUUCCCAGACAUUUGUGGGCAGAUGCUGCAUGAGUUCAGGGCCCUACUCAAGGCCGGUGCUAUUGGGCCCCAGCGUUUGCUGCAGCUCAUGGCCAUGAAUAUGUUCGCCAUCGACAAUACAGCGCUCAAAGAUGAGAGUCUGGAGUCAACUUGCCGCUCCCUGCUGCAGCAGCACUCUGUGCAGAUGUCUCUGGACAUGUUCGGUAUCCUCCUGAAGGAGAGUGCCACCCUGCUGGCCGCACACAUCAAGUCCAACGACUACCCUGGGCGCAUGUACAGCCGGGAACUGGAGGAGCUCAUACCUGGAGUAAAGGUUUGGACAGACUGGAUGAUCUCACACCCUGAUCUCUGGAACCCACCACCCCAAGUGAGGGACCCUUCUUGUGGUCCCAAGGUGGAUGUGUGGGAGUGUGUGGCGCGUCUGUACAACCUUCUGGCUGAGAUGAACACCUCAGACAUUGUCAAGUUCUACACAGACAGGAGGCAAGGUUUGUUACCUGUGAUACUGUCAGAGGACACGAUGAUGUCAGGGUUUGUGCCUCUGCUUGGGAAACCUACCAUCAACAACUUUGUACAAGAAGGCGUCGAUAUGGACAUGGCGCGUGACUGCCUGCGUGUGCAGCAGCUGCAGAUAUUUGGCCUGUACCUGUGUGGUAUGGAGGAGCGGCCCAUGCUCAAGUACAUGGACGGUCGCUACUAUAGUGUGGCGCCCCCUGACGGAUACGGGGACACGGACCAGGCCCAAACUGCAGGGGCCGCGCUGGGCUCUGAGGGUGAAGAUGAGGAUGUAGUGAUUGAGGAUGAGGAGGAAGUCAGUGUGGAGGGAGAUCAUGAUGCAAACGUACAGGAGCUGAAGGCGCGCAGAGAAGAGCUGCGACGUAGAGUGGACGAGAAGAACAGAAUACAGGAGAAUAGGAAUAGAGUGCUAGAGAAGAACAAGACCCACAGUAUAGAGAUGGAGGUGCGGCCCAUAUUUCUCAUCCCAGACACCAACUGCUUCAUAGACCACCUGCCCAGUCUACAGAAGUUGAUUGUAGCCAGGCACUACACCAUAGUCAUACCUCUUGUCGUGAUAAAUGAGCUGGAUGGACUGGCCCAGGGCAAGCGUCCAGUUGGCGACUGUUCAGCAGACAAUGAUGACCACAGGCACAAGGUGAAGACCAGGGCCCAGCACACUAUCACGUUCCUUGAGAAGGAGUUUGAGACAAAGAAUGCUCACCUAAAAGCUCUUACCUCCAAGGGUACUGUCAUGGAGACGAUUGCAUUCCGCAGUGAGGAGACAGACUCCAGUGGCAACAAUGAUGAUCUCAUCCUCUCCUGUUGUACGCACUACUGCAAGGACAAGGCCAGAGACUUCAUGCCAAAAGACAAAGACACUCCGAUACGCCUGUUUCGGGAUGUUGUACUACUGACUGAGGACCGAAACCUCAGGCUGAAGGCUCACAUGCACAAUGUGCCUGUAAAGGAUGUGCCAGCCUUCAUGAAAUGGAGCACUGCAACAUGACAUCCUCGCACUGUACCCUGAAUGGAGAGCUGGUCUUUGCCAAACUCUGGCUACAGGCAUAUUGGUGCUUAUCUCCCCUGAGAUGUGUGCUGUCCCAUGGUGCAUGUCGAGAUGGUUUCCUAACCAUGGUGAGCAUGUCAUAGCUGACAAGAAAUGUGUGGAAUUGAUUUGGGUGUUGUAAAGCAGCAUAAACAGGGGUGUGAUUAUAAAUCCUUUUAGCUUAAAUCCUCCCUUCAAAUGUCUCAAUGGUUUUACCAGAAAAGUUGUACUUUACUGAAACUGUUAAAAAAAGUUAAAGUCAACUCUGUGAGAAGGGUAGGAUGUUUUCCUUUCCUGCAGUGGUUCCAAAUUACCAUUACGCAUAAAGAUACUGUCUGAACGACGUAUUUCAUUGACAGCUGUAGGGUGUCAUGGUGUUUCAUGGUAUAACUGAGUGUUGUCAUUAUUGGAAUGAAUGUCUAUCUCUGAGAUGGUCACAUGCUGAUUAAAACAAAAAUUGGUUUAUCUGCUAUGUUCGUGUCAGUUAUGAUCUGAUUAAACUUCUUAUAGAUAUUAUUUUCCAUUGGUUAUCUUCCAAGCUGUCAAUGUUAGUGUUUUAAAAGUCUGUGUUAGUGUUCAUUUGCUUACCUUUUUUUGAAGUUUGUGAUAUGCUAUAUUCUUGGUCUCAUAUUGAAUGUCACUGUUCCCCUGGAUUUUCUACACAAACCUGUUACAAUGACUGUAAAGAACUCAUAGGAUCUCUGGCACUAUGCUAUAAUUUUGCACAAAGGGAGUCUGCUUGAUAUCAUUUGUCAUUAGGAGAUGUGUUGUAUAAGAGUCGUUAAGCAUAUCAGUCUUUAACGAGUAAAAUCAGGCUUCAUCAAAAACAUGAGGAGAAAGAUUUUGUUAUUGUGGCUUUGAUGAUUGUUCAUAUUAUAUAAAUAUGAUUCUUACAACUUUCCCUUGCUGUGCAUGCAGUUGAAAUUUAAUAUUUAUUGUGUGGAUAUAAAAGAUUUAAUGUGUUUUUGAUGUUGUUUUUAGUGGCUCGCUGUGAAAUCAAAUGUUUAUUAUCUGGGUUUUAAUCUGUAGUUGAAUAACAUUAAUGGCAGCCUGAUAACAUGCAUAUGCAUUUCUGAAAUAUGAAUGCACAUAUCAUGACAACUUUGUAUGGUGUACUUCUGUAUUUGUAUAAGAGACAGUCAAUUGUUAAUCAUAGCUACCACAAAAUGUGAAACAGCUGGACAUGUACUGAAAUUGGAAGGAAAUAGAGUCAUAGAUUUUCAUUUCAAUGUUUAUUGUGAUUGUAUAGGACCAUUAUCCCAUACACAAAAUGUACGCUAACUAAGACACCAAUGCUUGUUGUAAACAUUACUAGAAAUGUGUUAAACUUAACUAACAGAUAUUUUCUUUGAAGUCUCAUUUCCAUAAAGUAUGUUGUACUAAUACUCAAGGUAGGCAUUUAGUUUCGGUACUCUCCAUCAGUCAGUAUGUCAGCACUUUUGUAUUUGUGUUCUCUAGUUCAACCUUGGAUGGAUUUUGAAAUAACUUGUUACAAAUGUAAACUUUCAUAAGACAAUAUGUUGCUUGUAACUGAAGUUCUCCCAACCUCAGAGGUCGAAAGUCAAUUUUAGCCAAAAAACAGCUUUUUGGACUUAAAUCUUGUUAUUCAUCACGCAAUUUUAAGAUAACUGACCAAAAAUGAUCACCUUGAUGAGAUUGUGUGUUGCCUGUAUCACCAGUCUUCCUACCUAAAAGUCUAGGUCAAAGGUCAAAUUAAUGCAUAUAAAAGCUUAUCCAGACUGUAUUUGUGUCAUUCAUCAUGCAAUUUAAAGCACAGUUUGUGGAGUUUUGAGGCAAAAGUGAGCAUCCAUGUCCUGUGGACAUUUCAUUGUUAAUUUACUUUAUUCCUGUAAAUUUGUUUUCAAAUCGACAAUUUUGUUUAAAAUUUGACUUUCUUAUUUACGAAUUCUGAUCAUUAAUUCACUCUUGUGUGUUGAGGAACAAAUUAAAUGUAAAAUAUUGCAUAUUUAUUAUGUAAAAGUAGUGCUUAAAAAUUAUCUGUGUACUUGGGGGGAUAUUAAAUACAGUAAUCAACAAAGUUAUGAUAUCGAUUUCAAAGCAAAGAUUUGUUUUGAUGUCUAAGAUUUUCAUUUAAUUCACUUACUUUAUUCAUCAGCACAUCAUUUGUGGACUACUGAUAAUAAUAAUAAUAAUGUGGAAAACAAAUUUCUAUCAGGAAACAUGUUUAAAAUUUCGGUUUUGUGUAUGAUUACUCCUCAAUCACAAUUGGAUAACAUGUUGAGGUGAUUAUAAUGCUUUUCAUCCAUAAUUUAGCAAAACCCAACAUAUAGUUUUAAUAACACACACAAGUCAAAGCCUGUUUUGGUGUAUGGUAAGCUUGUAAGCCUUUGCUACCAUGGAUCCCGGGUUACAUCCUAAUGACAGGCACAUUUUAAUAUUUGAUCAAUUUCCUUGUGAUUUUAAUUGUUUGAAAAUAUUCCAAAAAUCACAUUUUUGUAAGGAAAUGCGUUUAUGACAUUUAUCAAAAUACAAAAAGCGGUGAACAACUCCAUUUAAUCCGUAGUUUUGUCAUGCUAUUCUGUACCAAAAUGUAAAAGAAAACGUUAUGAGGGUUGCACUAUGAUGUGGCGAAAUGAAACUGCUGUAAGUUCCAAUACUUGUCUUGUUCUUUGUGUGUGUGUCUUUUGCAUAUUACUUGUUUGGUGAUGAAGUAGUUAAUUGUAUAUAUUUUGCGAAGAUGUUGUAAGAAGAAAACUAUAUAAUGAAUUAGAAGAAGUUUUAAUAAAUUUGGUGCAAUAAUAAAGAGUGUGCAAAUCUAA